AUGUUGAACGCUGACAGGAAAGACUAUGAGCGCAUCUGCACUGAGUUCGGCGUUGAAAACUUGGAUUUAAUUCUCAAGAAACUGCAAGAGAAGAAGAGGGAGCAAGUGCAAACCAAGAGUAAGGAUGAUGCGAUUCCCUACAAUGAAGAUGCGAUGGAGAAACACAGCCUGAAGAGUGCUGGGAGGACAAAAGAGUUUAAUAUGAACGGUCUGGUGCAAAACAACACAGAGCUCAAUCAGAUGGAUGUUGAAGAGGUCAACCUUCUCAACACAGGGCUGAAUCGGGUGGCUGAAGAGACUGACCACCUCCCCACAGACUUUAAACUUUCCAAUGUGGACUUUGUUAUCAAAAUUCAGGAGGUUAAAGCUCAAGAAAGAGAGGAUGCCCUCUUUGAGUGUGUCCUAACACACCCAUUAGCCAAGAUCACAUGGAUGGGUAAGGGCAGCGCCCUUGAAGAUGAAGAGAAAUACAACAUAACCGUGUCAGAUCACAAACUGAUCCACAGGCUGCUGAUCAGGGACUGCAAGCAGGUGGACAAAGGGAUUUAUUCGGCUGUGGCUGGCAUUGUGUCCUGUAGUGCCUGGCUGGUUGUGGAAGCUGAGAGUGCAUCUGCUGGUAAAAAGACAGCUCGUAAAACCACCUUGGCUGGCGGAGCCCGGAUUGACCUUGAGAAGGUAGCCAGAGAGCAACAAAUAAAAAACCGAGAGGAGAUGGAGAAGAUUUUAGCAUCCGUAAAAGCAAAACACGAAGAAGGACAACUGAGAGACAAGAAGACAUUAACUAUGAAUGUAAGAGAGGGUGAAAUAAGCGCAAUGGGCGGAACAGGUAAAAGCAGCGGAGCAGUAAAGGACUUGCCUGAUACAGGUAAAGUCAGCGUUCUAUCUGAGUCAACAAGAAGCAAAGGGAAUGCAAAGUCCAAAAACUCAAGGAGAGACAGCACAGUAACAAAAGUCAAUGUUUCAGGGUAUGAAACUAAAGCAGAAGGGCAACUGAGAGGAGAUGACCCCAAGAACAAGAAACACACAAGAUCCGGUCAAGUGGAUUUUGACGAGGUAUCAGGUAAAGUCCAUCCAGGCCUGACAAUUAAUUUGGCAUUGCAUGAAUGUGUUGAUGUAGAGUUAAACCAGAUUCAAACGCUUGCCGCAAGUCAAAAUGAAGUGACUGAUUCAGCUGGAGAUAAAGAAUCUAAUGGAUCUGUCAGAUGCCAAAGGCCCAAAAGGAAAGUCCAUUGGAAACUACAUGCAUCUGGUCCAAAUGAGCAAGGAAGUGACAAUGAAGCAAGUGACAGUGAUGAGAAUGAGGACUCAAGCUGCUCGAAGCAAAGCCGACAUGCACACGAAGCGGCCAAUGAUCCAGGAGUUCAGUUCGUCUGUGGUUUGUCUGAUGUAAGCGCAAUCAUCAAUGAGACUGCUGAGUUAUCAUGUAAGCUCAGCGGUAAAGACUGUGAGGGAGCCUGGUUCAGAGAUGGCAAAAAGAUAUCCCCAGAUGAAAAUUUCAUCAUCACUAAAGAAGGUGCAAUCCAUAAGUUACUCAUAAUUAGGUGCAAUGAAGAGCACUCGGGGAAAUACCGCUUUGAAGCAGAUGGCCGUAAAACAGAAGCCAUGAUCAGCGUCAAAGAUCCCCCAAGGUUCGACCCCGAAGACCUCAUCGCUUUCACUCAGCCUGUGACAGUUAAAGUGGGGCACAACGCCAUCUUCAAACUGCAUUUUGUUGGGCAUGAACCCAUAAAGAUUCAGUGGUACAAGGAGGGAGAAGAGCUCCAAGAUGACAACCAUACAAAAGUAGAGAAAUCUGGGAGUCACAGCCGCCUGCUCCUGAGCAGAUGCCAGAGGAAGGACACAGGAGAGAUCAAGAUCAAGCUCAAGAACGAACACGGCUUCACUGAGGCAACUUCACAGCUUAUUGUGCUUGACAAACCCACUUCACCCAUGGGUCCUGCAGAGGUAACAGAGAGCUCAGCUAUGUGUAUUGAAUUUAAGUGGAGGCCUCCCAAAGACGAUGGAGGCUCACCGGUGAUUAACUACGUACUGGAGCGACAGCAAGUGGGACGAAACACCUGGAAGAAACUAGGAGAAACUCCAGGUGUGCCCACCUUCCGCGAUACAGACGUGGACCAUGGACGGAAGUAUUGUUACCGUGUCCGGGCAGUGACUGCGGAGGGUACAAGUGACGCGAUGGAGACUGAUGAAAUGCAAGCCGGCACACUAGCUUUUCCUGGCCCUCCUCCCCCUCCGAAGGCGGUCAGUGCCUACGAUGACUGCAUCAACCUUUCCUGGGAUUCACCAAGUAACCGAGGAGGUUCGCGUAUCCUUGGUUAUAUCUUGGAGAAACGCAAGAAGGGAAGUAAUCUCUGGACAGUAGUUAAUGCCAUGGAUGAGCUCAUAAAAGAGAAGAAAUACGCAGUGAAAGAUGUUAUGGCAGGUAUGGAAUAUGAAUUCAGAGUUACUGCCAUAAACCUCUCUGGAGUUGGUGAAUUUAGCAGCCCAUCAGAGUUUGUUUUUGCACGGGAUCCCAAGCAGCCUCCUGGUAAAGUUACCAGCCUGAAGGUGACAGAAACUUCUUACUCCCACUUGGUCCUGACUUGGACCAAACCUGAGGAUAAACCAGGGAUACAGGAUGAAGCAAAGGGAUAUUUUGUAGAGAUUCGGCAGGCGGACUGCAUUGAAUGGACCCGCUGUAACACCACGCCCAUCAUCACGACCUCCUUCAGUGUGAAAGGCCUGAAGUCCAUGGACAUGUACUGGGUGAGAGUGAUCGCAGUUAACGAUGGAGGGGAAAGUGCUCCCGAGGAGCUGACCAACUAUGUCCUGGCAAUGCCCUCACCUGUGAGGCCAAAGUUCACAAACCACAAGAUGAAGAGUUUCAUGGUGGUGAGGGCAGGAAACUCUGUCAGGAUAACAGUGAACUUUGAGGCUUCCCCAAGGCCAGACAUCAUGUGGCUAAAGGACAAUGCGCCCGUGACAAAGCGAGUUACAAUCAGUAACUCUGAUGGCUCAUCCCAGCUGCUGAUUCCCUCCUCUGAGCGCUCUGAUUCUGGCAUCUACUCCAUUUUGGUGAAAAAUCUUGCGGGGCAAGAGACGUUCAGUACAGAGGUCAGGGUCACAGAUGACCCGAAGCCACCUGGACCGGUAGAACUGGAGGAAAACGUGCCUGGCACAGUGACUGUGAUCUGGGAUCCUUCUCCUGAUGAGAGGCGUGAUGACCGCCUCCACUACGUUGUUUCCAAACUGGACUCUACCAAAAGCACAUGGACCACUGUGGCUGACAGACUCUUCAAUAACAAGUUCACAGUCUGCAAUAUUAUGCUUGGGAGGGAAUAUACUUUCCGUGUCUAUGCCAAAAAUGACAUGGGCAUAUCUGCACCCUCAGAGUCACCAAUGUGGGGGAUGGAGAAGAAGAAAGACAAAAUUGCAGUGAACGUGCUGACCAGAGAGGAUUGUGAUUUGAGAUGCGCUCCAACCUUCAUCGUACCUCUGAAGCUUCACACUGCACCCAAAGGCUAUGAAUGCUGCAUGAGUUGUGCAGUGAAGGGAAAUCCCAAACCUCGUGUCACAUGGUAUCGAAAUCACAUCAGCCUAAGCACUAACACCAACUAUUACAUCUCCGACACCUGCGGAGUUUGCUCUUUGUUAAUACUCCGCGUGGGCCCCAAAGACGUGGGAGAGUACACCAUCACUGCAGAGAACGGCCUCGGACGGGCCGAGUGCUCCACCGUCCUCAGUGUCAGAGGUGAGAGAGAAACACACCUGUACUUUCAUUUAAACAGGUAG